GGAUUCAAAAUUGAGGCUCUCUUGAGUUCUUAUCUGCUGAUGGGACCCACAUCAUCUCCCGCCCUCUUAUAAAUUCCGAUUCCCUUCCUUUUUGGCUUUUUCAUCCGUGUCUUUUCCUUCCUCCUCCUCCUCCUUCACAGAGAUCCUACGCAAUCAGGUAAGGAAAAGAUGGACUAUACUUAUGCACCUGGAAGGAAUCAUUUGUUUGUUCCGGGACCCGUGAACAUCCCGGAUCAAGUACUUCGUGCAAUGAACCGAAACAAUGAAGACUAUCGGUCUCCAGCAGUUCCCGCUUUGACUAAAAUUUUACUUGAAGAUGUGAAGAAGAUUUUCAAAACCACUUCGGGGACCCCUUUUCUCAUCCCAACUACAGGUACGGGUGCAUGGGAAAGUGCACUUACAAACACCUUGUCUCCUGGAGACCGAAUUGUGUCAUUUGUGAUUGGACAAUUCAGUUUGCUUUGGGUGGAUCAACAGCAACGACUUGGGUUCAAUGUUGAUGUGGUGGAAAGUGAAUGGGGUGCGGGUGCUAACUUGGAAGUUUUAGCAUCAAAACUGGCUGCAGAUACUGCGCAUACUAUUAAGGCUGUCUGCAUUGUUCACAAUGAGACUGCCACCGGAGUUACAAACAACUUGGCUUCCGUAAGGAAAAUACUUGAUCACUACCAGCACCCGGCCCUGUUUCUAGUUGAUGGGGUGUCAUCAAUAUGCGCUUUGGAUUUCCGCAUGGAUGAAUGGGGUGUAGAUGUGGCUUUAACCGGUUCUCAGAAAGCACUUUCCCUUCCCACCGGUAUGGGAAUCGUGUGUGCGAGCCCUAAAGCCAUCGAGGCCUCUCAAACUGCAAAAUCACUUCGAGUUUUCUUUGACUGGAAAGAUUACUUGAAAUUCUACAAAAUGGGGACUUAUUGGCCCUACACUCCUUCCAUUCAGCUUCUCUAUGGCCUAAAAGCUGCCCUUGAUCUCAUCUUUGAAGAAGGCUUGGAUAAUGUUAUUGCAAGGCACAAUCGUCUUGGCACUGCCACAAGGCUGGCUGUUGAAGCAUGGGGGUUGAAAAACUGCACCCAAAAGGAGGAAUGGUUCAGUGACACAGUCACAGCUGUGGUUGUUCCUCCAUAUAUUGAUAGCUCUGAAAUUGUUAGAAGGGGAUGGAAAAGAUACAACUUAAGCUUGGGUCUUGGCCUUAACAAAGUAGCUGGAAAAGUCUUCAGAAUAGGACAUCUUGGCCAUGUUAAUGACUUGCAACUGCUGGGGUGUCUUGCGGGGGUGGAGAUGGUGCUCAAGGAUGUGGGAUACCCGGUGAAGCUGGGGAGUGGAGUGGCUGCUGCUUGUGCAUAUCUACAGAACAACAUUCCCAUGAUUCCAUCAAGGAUUUGAAUUCUGUCAGUGUCACUGUCAGUGUCAAUUGUGUUUAUGUAUGUAACUACUGCAUGCUACUCCUCUUCUUCAAUGUUGAUUUGCUUCAAAUUAAUACCUUUGUAAAGAACACUUAAAUAUCCUACUUUACUUCAAUCAUCUUCAUUUGUAAA